AUGGACGAGGAGAUGACAAAAAGCGAAGAGCAGCAUCUUAGUUUGCAAAAAGCCUUGCAGCAGUGCGAGUUGGUGCAAAAUAUGAUAGACAUAAGCAUUUCUAGUUUGGAGGGUUUACGGACCAAAUGUGCCACAUCCAACGACUUGACACAAAAAGAGAUACGAACGCUGGAGGGGAAGCUGGUGAAGUACUUCAGCCGCCAGCUGUCCUUUAAGUGCAAAGUGGCCUUAGAGGAGCGCAGUGCUGAGCUGGAGGACUUCCCUCGCCUUGGCCACUGGUUCCGCAUCGUCAACAUGAGGAAAGAGGUCACACAGGAGAUAAGCCCAGGUGAGGUGACCCUGGAGGGCUUGUUGGAGAUGAGUGAGGAGCAGGUGUGUGAGGUGCUGCAGAAGUUUGGUGCCAAUGAGGAGGAGUGUGCCCGGCUCAACGCCUCCCUCUCCUGCCUCAGUAAGGCCCACCAGCUCGGAGGGAGUCAGGCCAAGCAGGACUGGUCCAUCCAGUGGCCCACCUCUGAAUCGGGCAAGGAGAACACUCCGGUGUGCCAGCCGGAGCCCAGCCAGUGGAUCCGUUUCCAGCUGUCCCAAAGCCCUAAGGUCCAGUCCAAGUACAACCAGCACAUGUGCCACAGCCCCCAGGCCUUGGCCCCCCCCUUGUAUGCUGACCGGCUUACCGUUGACAGCCCUGCUACAGGACUCUUCCCUCCCUUGGACUCUGGUCACCGCUCUCUGCCCCCAUCACCCCGCCAGAGGCAUUUUGGCCACACGCCUCCGCGGACUCCCUUGGUGGUCAACACCAUGACCCCGCCUGGCACGCCUCCGAUGCGCCGAAGGAACAAAGUGAAGGCGCCAGGAACGCCACCUCCUCCCAGCCGCAAGCUCAUCCACCUGCUGCCAGGCUUCACUGCGCUGCACCGCAGCAAGUCCCACGAGUUCCAGCUGGGGAACCGCCUGGAUGACAUGCAGACACCCAAAGCCAAGAAGAAGACCAAGCCCUUGAACCUUAAGAUUCACAGCAGCGUGGGCAGCUGUGAGAAUCUGCCCACGCAGCGCUCGCCCCUCCACACCGAACGAUCCCUGCGUUCCUUCUUCUUCCCCUCCUUCAUCCCCUCCACACCUCCUGUCCACGCCGAAACACCUUCUGCAAACACUCUCUCAGUGCCUCGCUGGUCCCCACAGAUUCCCCGAAGAGAUCUGGGAAACUCGAUAAAACACAGGUUUUCCACCAAGUAUUGGAUGUCCCAGACAUGCAUAGUGUGUGGAAAGGGAAUGUUGUUUGGACUCAAAUGUAAAAACUGCAAGCUGAAGUGCCACAACAAAUGCACCAAAGAAGCCCCACCUUGCCAUUUAUUGAUCAUUCAGCGAGGCGCUCGUCUGGUACGGACCGAAUCAGUGCCAUGUGACAUCAACAACCCGCUCAGGUACACAGACCUGCACAUCAGUCAGACGCUCCCCAAAACCAACAAAAUCAACAAGGACCACAUCCAGGUCCCGUACCAACCGGACUCCAGCAGUAAUCCUUCCUCCACCACCUCCUCGACCCCCUCCUCCCCGGCCCCACCCCUGCCCAGCAGUGCCACGCCACCGUCGCCACUACACCCCUCCCCGCAGUCAGCACGGCAACAGAAGCAGUUCAACUUGACAGCCUCCAGUUACUUCAAAUACAAGCAGCAGUUCAUCUUUCCAGAUGUUGCUCCAGAGGCUCCUCCCAGCAGAGCACCCCAGGUCAUCCUGCACCCUGUCCUGUCUGAGCCGGGGAAUGAGGGCAACCCUUUACUUCAAAUCGAAGUUGAACCCACAUCAGACAAUGAGGAGGGCAACGACGAGGAUUCUGGCGACGAGUUUGAGGAGAUGAACCUGUCGCUGCUGUCGGCCCGCAACUUCCCGCGCAAGGCCAGCCAGACCAGCAUCUUCCUGCAGGAGUGGGACAUCCCCUUCGAGCAGCUGGAGAUCGGCGAGAUGAUCGGUAAGGGGCGCUUUGGCCAGGUUUUCCACGGGCGCUGGCACGGCGAGGUGGCCAUCCGCCUGAUCGAUAUCGAGCGCGACAACGAGGACCAGCUGAAGGCCUUCAAGCGGGAGGUGAUGGCGUACCGCAACACUCGGCACGAAAAUGUGGUGCUUUUCAUGGGCGCCUGCAUGAGCCCACCACAUCUGGCCAUCAUCACUAGCUUGUGUAAAGGCAGAACAUUGUACUCCGUGGUGCGCGAUGCCAAGGUUGUCCUGGACGUCAACAAGACCCGACAGAUCGCACAGGAGAUGGUUAAGGGGAUGGGAUACCUCCACGCUAAAGGGAUCUUACACAAAGACAUGAAGUCCAAGAAUGUGUUUUAUGACAACGGCAAAGUAGUCAUCACUGAUUUUGGACUCUUCACCAUAUCUGGGGUUCUGCAGGCUGGAAGGAGAGAAGACAAACUGAGGAUCCCCAGUGGCUGGCUGUGUCACCUGGCCCCAGAAAUCAUCCAACAGCUCUCUCCUGAAACAGAGGAGGACAAACUUCCCUUCUCCAAACAGUCAGAUGUCUUUGCUUUCGGCACCAUCUGGUAUGAGUUGCAUGCACGUGAGUGGCCUUACAAGAGUCAGCCAGCAGAGGUGAUCAUAUGGCAGAUUGGCAGCGGGAUGAAGCCCAACCUCACCCAGACUGGCAUGGGCAAGGAGAUAUCAGACAUUCUGCUUCUCUGCUGGGCUUACAAGCAGGAGGAGAGGCCCAGCUUCUCCAAGCUGGUAGAUUUACUGGAAAAGUUGCCAAAAAGGAAUCGUCGCCUUUCCCACCCAGGGCACUUCUGGAAGUCAGCUGAGUAUGUCAAAUGAGUUAGGGACACAAACAAAAACAGCAACUAUA